AUGAACCGGUUAUCUCUGUUAUUCAUCUUGGCAAUUGUAUGUGUCGCGCAUUGCUACAAUGACCCGCACGUGAAGGAGAACUCAAAAUGGAAUACAACUUCGGUUGAGCCUAUCGCUAUUAAACCGAGUUUGAAAGGUAAGUUACUCAAUCGUUAUGCACGGGCCGCUAUUCAGACUGGUGGUGGAGUGAGUAGCCAAAAGAGUGAUAGUACAACGAAUACAUAUCCUACAAGUAGUGGCUCCUCUUCCUCUCCUUCCAAAACUUCUGAUAGUGCUUCGUAUAGUAGCAUGUGGCCUUCUUCUUCACCGAGUUCAUCCACUACGCCCGACUCGUCUUCUUCAUCGGUGGGCCCAAGUACCACCGCGUCUUCAAGCGCAUUUUCUCCAACACUUUCUUCUUCCCUUACUUCAUCGAGUCCUUACAGUUCGACGUCUGAUACUUCUACUACUAGUAGCGGAUCUUCUAGUUCUUCCACAUCUUCAACUAGCUCUAGCAGCAGUAGUGAAAACACCUCUAGCUCAUCCUCUAGUACAUCUAGUCCGACGUCAUCCUCUUCACAAUUUUCUUCUAGUCCCUCUUCAUCUACCUUGUCAAGUAGUUCUUCGUCUACUAUUAGUUCUAGCCCUAGCUCAUCAUCCGAAGCUGUUGUUAGUUCUUCUUGGUCAUCGACUCCUUCUUCUUCUUCUUCAUUCUCUUCUUGGUCAUCGUCAUCCCCGUCUGCAUCAUCAUCAUCUUCUUCGUCUUUUUCUUCUUCUUCGUCUUCCUUCUCUUCAUCAUCAUCUUCUUCUUCGUCGCCAUCUCCAUCAUCUUCUUCUUUCUCUUCUUAUUCGUCAUCUGCUCCUUCUAGCUCAAGUUCCAUUUCUUCUAACGUCGCCAAAACAUCAUCUUCUUCGACUUCUUCGUACUAUCCUUACAACUCAAGUUCUAAAUCUUCUGAGUCACGCUCACCAUCUUCCUCUAGCAAACCUAGUUCGACGCGUACAUCAUCAUCUAUCUCCACGACGGCUAGUUCUUCCAGCAACAGAUUAUCUUCAAGUUCAGCUUCACCCACGAGUACUACUCAGUCCUCGUCUUCAUCGAUAUCUUCAAAGUCAUUAGUAUCGCCCUCCCCUGGCCAACAAGCAGGUGCAACGCGCAUUACCAGUGCACACAGGACUUACAGACCGUCUACUAUUUACAAGGUAACCGUCGCAACCAUAAAUGGACAUACAAGUACGUAUAAGUCAAAGUCGACAGAUUCGAGUGUUUUAUUAGUUGUCGUGGAUAGCUCAUCCAGCUCUCUAACUUCAUUAAAUAAGUUUUGUGGAGUAAAACUUUUAGUUUCCGCAUUUUCUUUUGCAAGCCUUGCUAUAUUUCUUUUGAUGUGA